AUGUUCAAAUGGCUUAACGCCCAAGGCUCAGAGUUCAAGCAUCAUACUCCUGGUGAAACCAAUUACCUUUCUAAAUUGGACCCCAAACUCAAUGAGAAAAAUGCGAAUGGUAUUCUGGAAAAGCCUUUUCCUCUGAACCUGAGUUUCCGCAGCGAGCCCAUCCUUAGUGAAGAUCUGCGCAACGAGAUUUACAAUCGGGUUGUGAGGAUGCAGAGGAGUGUGCGGGGUGUGAGUGUUGAACUCGGUGUAGACAUGAGAAGAGUAGCCGCUGUGGUUCGGCUAGUCGAGUUGGAAAACAAGAUGAAAGAGCAGGGCAAAUCCCUUGCAAUUCCCUACGCACGUGCCAUUCACGAGAUGGUCCCCACCACCCCCUUAUACGAUGAUGCUCGUGAAUAUAGAAGCAACCCUCACGAAAACAUUAAUGACCUUCCCGUCCACCGCUUGACCGACCCUCAAAUCUUCUACCCCGUCUCCGAAUCUCGGCAAUUCAACCGUAUCGACGCUGGCCGUGCAUUCUCCGGUGCUCCCGCUCUGCUCCACCGGGAUGCCGCCCGGAUGGCGGCCGAACCUGACGAGACCAUCCGCCGGAUUACCCAGGGAGACUUCCGCCAGAUCGAGACGGUCGGCAAGGGCGAAGACGAGCAACAGGUCCUCUUGCCUGCGGACGCGCGUAUUCCCCACCCCCACCUGAUCGCUAACGAUCGCAACCGUAUCUCUCACGGCAUGACUGAGCCAGGGCUGGUUCGCACGAAGUACUACAAGCGGCUCGACCAGGAGAUGGAGGUCGACCAGAAGCGCAAGGAACGUGCCCAGCAGCGCCGGGAGCGGACCAUCCACAAGGUUCAGCCCGAGAAUUCUCGGUUUGAGUUCCGCUUCAGAGAUGCGGUCGUCAGCGCGCAGACCACUGGUGCCAAUGGCCGGGGUUCCCAGGCUCCUGGGCACCGCUAUGGUGUCCCGAGCUAUGAUCGCAAGAAGGGCCAGGUCAAGAUCCCUACUCGCGUGAAGGUCUAA